AUGAUAAAUCAAAAUUUAAAACAAAUUUCAAAAGUCGACGACUUAUAUGUCAUCGACCUCGUGAUAGUAAUCAUAGUCAUCGGAAUCUUCUACAUCGUGCUCUUCCCUACACCGCGCAUGAGCACCGUAGCAUCCCCUCUGAACUACGACAUCCAACGCGCCCUAGUAAACCCAAACCUCAUCACCCUCCCGAAGCACGCCGUCAUCUUCGCGAAUUACCGCAUCCCGGAGCUUCGCGACGCCACCUUUACCAACAACUUCCUUUCCUCCGGCUCUCUAUUAAUCCCCGAGCUUUCCUCUUUCGGCAUCGCGGUACUCUCCAAGUACGCCGAAGACGGCGAAACCGACUAUAUACUCGUCGCAGAGCACCUGAUUGCGUCCUUGGAUAGCGUCCUCCAAAAAUUCAAACCCCAGGACCUAAUUAACUAUUUAAAGCCUCGUUGGCGCGUAACGAUCCCACUAACGCGUAUGCUUGCGACGUACAUGUACCUCAGGGAACGAUCUUCGAUUUCAAACAUCUGCUACCAAAGAAUCACCCAAUUCAUCCCGAACAUCAACCAAUCAAUCACCUUUACGCACACCGGCGCAGAUUUGGCGCGCGUAGCCAUCCCACGUCUGAUGGCGACGUAUCUAUACGCUCGCAAAACUUUUAGAAAAGAAGUCAGGACCGAAGUCUUCAAUUCUUUAAAAAGUGUCUUCAACGUCACACGAAUCACCACCGCCGACGUCAUAGACGGCGUUUACGCAGAUGGAAUCUACGCAGACGGCUCCGCAAUCAGUCACCGCACGGCGUCAUUCAAAGAUUUAGUCUCAUUAAACUUCUACGCAAAGAUCUACUACGCGUUAGGCCGAAGGUCGAACAUCAACAGCCUAGUGAAGUCGUUGUUAAACGACGUCCUUCAUCCAGAGCUAAAUUUCCUACCUUUCGGGCUCUUUACAUCAAAUUCUGCGUCAGGAACUGAAUUACUGAUGUCGCUGGAUGAGUACAAGCGUACGGCUACCGUGGGAACCAAAAUCUUCCCUUUUAUUGGCCUGGGAGUCUUCAAGGCGCCGAAGUUCGUCUUCUCUUUACGCGUACAGCGACCUAACAUUGCAGCGUUUCAAAGCGAGGCAACAAACUACGCGCUGGGUUUGAUCCAGAUGCGGAAGAUGUUCCUUAAAAAGACGUACGAAGACGUCUGGGGCUGGAAGACGAUUAAACACCAGCCUGGUGUGAUGAUUAUGAAGGAUACGGAGGCGAAGAUUGAAGCCCUGAAAGCUAAAGGGGAGCCGGUCUUCGCUGAUGAAGUAACGUCGUGCAUCGGACAUCUAUGUGACGUCAGGGUAAUGUUCUGGAUCAAUAAGUAUAAAAUCAAACCUAUCUUUGGGGAACUUCAGGUGGCUGAGUAUGGGGUCUGUACUGAUAAUGGGCUGGUUUUAAAAUAUGUGAUCAAGAAUGUGACGGAGAUGGUCAUGGUUCAAGUCAAGGAUCCUGAUGGUGGUCCGCAGGUUAAAUUGGGAUCGGAUUUAGUGUUACAAAGUGACGAAUUGGUCGUUAUUAAGGAAGGUGAGACAGGAGAUGUUCAGUGGAGACAGGUCUUUGAUAAAAAUCAAGAGCCAAGAAAAAUUGAAGUUCAAAAGGGGGUUAUGGAGUUUAGAUUUGAUAAUAAUAGUUGGAAGGUUGAGGAUAUUGGGGAAAGUAGGUUUAUUGUACGUCGCGGGGCGAUUAUUGAAAUGGCUGGUAGUUCUAGUCCCGAUGUUAAUGAUACAUUUUCGUAUGAUAAGAAAAAGUAUCUGAGAAAUUCUAUUAAGCUUAUGUAUUAUCACAAGAAGUGA